CACGUGAAUGCAACAGCGGACUGGGGUGAGCUCAGCCCUCCUCGCUGUCUGUAUCGAUGAAGUUGUUUCAAAGAUGGCGGAUUUCCUGCCGUCCCGCUCGCUCUUAUCUGUAUGUUUCCCUAACUGUCUCCUCACAAGCGGCGAGGUAGAACAGUUGCGGAAAUCUAAAGAGAUAGAUAAGUGUAUUAAUCGAGAUAAGACUUAUGUAAAAAGGCUAGUGAAGAUCUUAUUACUUGGAGCAGGCGAAAGCGGCAAGUCCACUUUCCUCAAGCAGAUGCGCAUUAUCCAUGGGCAGGACUUCGAUCAGAAGGCCAAAGAAGAAUUCAGAGCCACGAUUUUUAGUAAUGUUAUAAAAGGUAUUCGAGUAUUGGUGGACGCUCGAGAGAAGCUACACAUCCCAUGGGGCAACCCGUCCAACCAGCGGCACGGAGACACCAUGAUGGCGUUUGACACCCGGUCGGCGAUGGCCCACGGUCACGGCAUGGUGGAGCAAAAAGUUUUCCAGCAUUACCUGCCAUCCAUCUGGGCCCUGUGGGCCGACGAGGGCAUCCAGAACGCCUACGACCGCCGCAGAGAAUUCCAGCUGGGGGAGUCAGUCAAGUAUUUCCUGGACAAUUUGGAAAAGCUCGGGCAGUCGGACUACCUCCCCAGCCAACAGGACAUCCUCCUGGCCAGAAAGCCCACUAAGGGCAUCCACGAGUACGACUUUGAGAUUAAGAACGUGCCCUUCAAGAUGGUGGAUGUGGGUGGUCAGCGCUCCGAGAGGCGGCGCUGGUUCGAAUGCUUUGACUCAGUCACUUCCAUCCUCUUUCUCGUCUCCUCCUCUGAAUACGACCAGGUGCUGAUGGAGGACCGGCAGACCAACCGGCUGAGCGAGUCCCUCAACAUCUUCGAGACCAUCGUCAACAACCGGGUGUUCAGCAACGUCUCCAUCAUCCUGUUCCUGAACAAGACGGACCUGCUGGAGGAGAAGGUGAAGCAGGUAUCCAUCAAAGACUACUUCCCCGAGUUCUCGGGUGACCCCUCGUGCCUGGCGGACGUCCAGCGCUUCCUGGUGGAAUGCUUUCGCAAAAAGCGCCGCGAGCAGCAGCAGAAGCCUCUGUACCACCACUUCACCACGGCCAUCAACACUGAGAACAUCCGGCUGGUGUUCCGCGACGUCAAGGACACCAUCCUGCACGAUAACCUCAAGCAGCUGAUGCUGCAGUGAGGGGACUGACCAGGAGGAGGAGGAGGGAUGGGUGGAGGCAGACGGAAAGUGGGUGUCAAGGUGCCCAACCCCCCUCCCACCGCACCACCACCAGCCCGUAAGGGGAGCGGGCAGUGUCCCUCCACCCAUCCAUCCUCCUUCCUUGACUUUGACCUGCUCCUCACUUUUGAACUUUGACUGUGUAUUAAAGCCACCACUACUACCACCAUUCCCCCCACGCUUGCUCUCUGCCUUACUGAGCUUGUUCACUGUGACUUAUAACAGCCACCUUUGGCUCGAAGCCCCAACCACCAUCUGACCCUUGAAACCACUGUAAAUGACCUCUAACCCCCACUGUCUGCCCCCCGUCCUCCCGACAUGUCUUAUGGUAUUUCCUCCCUAUGUGUUACUCUGAGUCACAUCCACACACUGUCCUUUUUUCCACGCUGCCCUGACCACUGUUGCUAGGGAGGGAGAGUGGGAGGAGCUUGUUUUACAUUGUUGUAACUGAGGAGUCGUCAAUCAGCGACUGUUGCCAGGUGUUGCCUUCCUUUUCAGAACUUCUUUUGUUUUGUCUCUGGUUUUACUUCUGCUUUCCACUGGCGCUUAGUGAUGACAUCAUUGGGCUGGGGUGGGGAUUUCCUCUGAGGGCAGUGGAACAGGAGAGAACAGGGCUGACACACACACACACACACACACACACACAGAUAGGAAUAUUUGUUCCAAAUUCCACCUGAUUCUAGUUUUCUAAUCAUUUUGUUUCUUUUUCUAAUAUAUGAAUAUACUGUAUGUACCUAUGCAUUUUUCUGUAACUUAUAUUUUAGAGGGGUUUACACUUUGUGGAUCUGUGACUGCUGAUGGACUUACAGUUAAUUAAACAGGGGGGCUGGUAAGAGAGCGCAGACACAAACACAUAGACCAUUAAACACCAUGCUAUCGGGGUAGCUGGUGCAGGGUUAAGAGUGACACGUUGUAUUUUGCUGUUUCUCAGGGCACAUUGUGAACCACUUCUUUGUGAUUUGAAGCUAACCAGAACUCUCAUGCCUCUGCCCUUAAACACGAGUCAAAUGACAGAUUUCAUGGUGUCUCUUCUCUGUAUGUGUCUCCAGAGAAGACUCCUUAUGCUUAAAAAAAGCAGGACUCUGGCCAUCUUCAACCAAGACCAUAUUUUACCAUCAGGGUCUGGACAAACAGAACUCAGGACCCCAUACCUGCCUGGUAUUAACAUGUGAUCUGUAUCUAGAGAGGUAAAGCCUUGUUGUUAUCUCAAUUCUGCCCACAUCCUGGUCGGAUCUCAAUAUGCAUACAAGGGUCAAAGUACCCGACGCCGCUCGGAACCAAAGGCGCACUGCGUCAGAGCAGCUAGGAGGCCAGCAACACUGUUGGUGCUUGGAGCCUCACAGGAGUCCCACCUCCACAGACACCGGAUAUGGUGUGGCAUGUCUGCUAGCAUUCCUAUCGCCAUGUUUUCUGUGUGCAAUGAAUGGGGUUUUCCCUAUCCAGAUAACAUAACCCAGAUGCAGAUCACAUGUUAAUACCAAGGGUACAUUAGGUCCAUGGUAUGCAUCUAUUGAACUUUUUUUAUUGUGCUUGCUUUGCUAUGUUUUUUAACAUGUGGGAACAAAAAUCAACCCCAAAAUCCCGAAAAAUCCCUGUAAUGGGACAGAAAGACGGCCAUGAAAACUACCCAUUACCCCGUGCCCGCUGUCAGCAGUGAACAGUAGAAGCAGUGUGGUCACAGUAAACUGAAAGCGUGGACAUGUCCAGUGUCUGUUUGCAUCACAGUUGCAUUGCAAAGCUGCACACUGAGGUAAGCAAUCCUGCUGAAUCAAUAAUUGCAAAAAAUAUUUUAAGAUUAAGUCUCCAAAAAUACCAAACGUGUCAGGCAGAAUUUUGAGGUAAUGUGUUUAAACACUGCACUAAACAUUGUGUCUUUGGGUUGAAAAUGUCCUCCAGUUAGCAUCACGUAGCUUGGAUGUUGUGGCAGCUGUACAGUGGAUGUUGUCUUGUUUGAAUGCUUCUCAAGGGAAGUCUUUGGAGUAGCCUUUGCAGAACAAUGAUGGAUGAUGUGGGCCAAAUUCAUACCGAAGCCCUGUGGAACCUCACACCCAAGCCCGAAGGUUUCAGCUCCACCAGGGGAAGGAAGCGCCUUCCUUCUCGCUCUGUAGGAUUACCACCUUAAGUGUUGCGUAUAGUGAAGAGGUGGCUCAGUCUUUCUUGUGUUAUCUCAGAUCAGUCUUAUUUUCUGAAAGGUACCUGUUAGUGCUGUUAGUGCUCUCCCUUCCAUGCAUCCUAAGUUAAAAACAAAAGCCGGUAUGUCACUUCUGAACUGGAGCACUUGGUGUCUGCUGGCCACUCUCACUCUCGUGUACAGGUGACGUACAGUUCACAUUGUCCUCUUAACUCCUUUUCUAAUGUCUAAUGUAUCGGUGUGUAUCUCUCACACCAACCUCACUGUGGUUUCUAACAGCUGAUGUAACCUCCCACACAGAUUUGUGUGUGUGACCAUGAGUGUGAUUUUUAUUGGAUUUAAAACAAAAGCAGGUGGCUGGUGGCCUGUCGGACGGUGUUUGAGGAGACAGUCCCGUUACUCAGCUUCCUCCAGAUGUGUUGAGCCAUGAACCCCGAACUCCCCGCCAGAUAACUGGCUCCACUGGUUCAUGCUAACACUUCAGCAUGUGUAGAAGGAAAUUCAUCAUACAAAUGUAUAACACAAGUUUCAGAAGUAAUGAAGGUGGCCUUUUAUUGAGCUGUUACUCCCCAACCUGAAACCAGAUUUACAGAAAAGCUUUUAUUGUCUUCAGUUUAACAGAAAGGGCAUAGUCUUGUGUUUGUGUUGUUGAACACAUUCUACAUACAGUACGUCCGCAUGAAGUUCUUUUUUUACUCUUGUCUUUAUAGUUGUGGUUGUAAUUGCUAAUGGCAGCUAUCCACUGAACGACACCCUGUUUUAGCAUGAACGUGCCCCAGUUACCGUGCAACCACUGACUCUCCACCCCCUCUGACAGAUCGUUGCUCCGGCAUCCCUCCGUCUUACCUCUUGUCUACACUGGACGCCUUCAGCCUCGUCUUCGGUCUCAGUUUCAGUCAGGACAGCUGUCUACACAGGAAAACGAGAGACUGAUGAUCUGCUGAGCAGCAGCAACUUGAGAAAAGCUGUUUGGCCCCUCGGGCGCACUAAUGACCCAGCUGCUGUCGGCAGCACGCUCUCGAUCACUUUUCAAAAUACAACUCGAAGUUAGAAAUGGAACUAUGGUUCUAUGAACUGUGGAUGGCCGUCAGAGACGGUAUGUAAUACCUGGCUCUCCAGUUGUGUGGCUGCACAUUGGUGUUAGUUACUCUUUAAGUGUUUUUAAAAAACCUUACGAUAUAGUUGCAAGUUUUAGUUCCUUCACCACAAGUCGUUCUCUUUUUAAUGCUCGCUACACGUGUUGGCGUGUUCAGGAGUGUUUUUCUGAAUGUUUCAGACAGCCAUUGGCUUCCAUCCCUUUCUGUACACUCUGAAAAAGAAUCUGCAGAAUUGAUUAGAAAAGUCUGCACUGCAAGGCCUCAUAACUGUAGUGUUACUUUGACCAUGGAGUCUGCAUUAUUUUCUUUCACUGUGGAUGGAUUGCGCAAUUCAAGCAAUUUUCAAUUGUCUAUUAAUAGAUUUUCAUAUUGUGUAAAAAUGAAUGGAAGCCAAUGGAUGAAAAGAAGCAUUAAUUGCUGCAACUAAAGGCAGAAAGCUGUUUUUCAUGCAGCUCGGGUCACUGACCGCCGCGCAACCUCCACCUUCAGUUAGACGUCACAUGAUUAGUCUUCUUUGGGUCACACAUUUUUCUGUUUACAUCGCAUUCAGUGUGUGUUCCUCUUUCCUCAGGAUGACUUACUGCGGCUCUGAUAUUUGUUCCACAUUUCGAUUUAGUUUUGAAUAAAUGAUUGCCUUAACGGGUGAGAUGAAGGGGAAAUGGACAUCUUGAGAGACAAAUCGGAUCCUCUGUGUCCCUGAUAGCUAUAUCAGUGUAGUACUUACAUGUGUGUUAGCAUGGAGCAGUGAAGUCACAUGGCUGAUUUUGGAGUGUGUGUUCCCUAAACUCUAAAAGAGGAAGUUGACCAACAGUACUGUCUACCAAAGCUCGGUGAAUUCCUUGAACCGUGCAGAGCCGGGCAGGAUUCUCGUGUGCUGCUGCCUCUUAGAGGCCUCUGUCUGGAUUCAGACUGUUGUGUCAUGUCAUUUCAGGCCAGAAGAAAGCCUUUUGUUAAACACACACACACACACACACACCAUGAAGUCCUAGCAGAACAGGCCUGUACCCUGAGAUGGCCUUUGUCAACGCUGAACAGAUUUGGUUUUGAUUGUUAGAGCACAGACAGUAGAUUGUCACACAGGAGCACGAGCAGAUGGGUGAGUGAUGAUGUCCCACGUGCUGGUAGACUGUCCCUGCUCCAUAAUGGAGCCUCUGUGAUGUCACAUUCCACCAUCCUUUAAGGUCAGGGGCCAGUUUCACAAACAUAUUGUAGACUGGUCUGUAGUGUUAGGCCAGUCUUAAUUUUGCUGUUAGAUUAGUCUAAUGCAAGAUAGUUUCACAAAAAUAAAGGCUGGCUUAUUUUAGGCUUAAAUCGUUAGCCACCAGGCUAACAAAAACACGGCUGUGCGAGCACCGAGCAGGGAAAACGUUUUGACAGACCUCGGUAAGCCGUUGGAAAUAGAACGCAGUCAUUUGUGUUUGUCCAAGGAAAGUGUCCUGAGCGUGAUGAGCUAGCAGAAGGACUGAGUGACCCUGUGGUGUUAAGAGGCACAGCACCGCAGCGCUGCUACAGGUGCUGUGGCUACAGCUACCACGCUCAUCGCUAACCCCAAGAACAAGCACUUUCUGCUGGAGUGAGUGGAGCUGAACGGGUUGGGGUGGUUGCUCGAGCAGCCAUGUAUUUUAGUUUGAAAAAUGUCUAAAUUUACCCAGAAUUCAUAGCCAGCUAGAACUAGACGUGUAUCUGAAGUCCGACUAUUAGUUUGAUCUAAGCCAAGGCCUCCACUGUCUGACAGGCUUUCAGAGUUGAGUUGACGCCUGCAGCAAAACGGAGCCACAUCCUUUCAAAGCACUUGCUUUUUCUUCCCUCAUCUGAUGGAUACAGAAACUGACUGGAGCUAUGUGGGGAACAAAGAGAACAUCAGUUCUGAGACCCAUCAGAAUUCUGAAGAAAAGGUCUGAAUUUGGAGAUCAGAGUCAGAAUUGAAAAAUUUAGAUCAGUACUCCAGGAAGAAAACAUUCAUAGAUUAAAGCACAGGAGAGAAUUUUAAAUCUGGAACAGUAUGCAACAAAAGCUAAGCUCAAAGGUACGCUUACCAGCAGCUUUCAACUGCAUCUCACGGUCUUCGUCAGUGAAUGGAACUAGCUCAGGAUCUCAUUCAGCACCGACGCGAAAGACCAUCCUUUGACAGACCACCUGACACCUGAGCCAGCUCCAGUCGCUGAUGAAGACCAGGAGAUGCAUUUGAAAGCUAUGGAAGGCUAGUAAGUGUUCAUGCGAGUGUAGAUAUUUUUUUACACAGUCAGAUUAAACUCUGAUUUCUAAACUCGUACUACUUUAUUUUCUCGUGGCCCUAAUUCUCUUGCAAAGACAGACCAGUGGUGGCUCUGCUGUAAAUGACUGCCCACUGGCACUUUUGAAUCCCUUAAAGGGUUCAGUAUGCUUUAAACAAACAAGCUUGUGCGACGUGAAAAUCCUGUCUCCGUAGCCUUCUGCAUCACACCUCCAUCUCUCUCCAAGAACUCGCUGUCUUUUGCGUCUUUGCAGUCUCAACACCACGAAGCAUACAAAUGGGCACGACAGCGCGCACUUUCAGACACUCCCUCACUCCUGGAUUCAUUCAUGAUGUUGCACUCGGUUGUACACAUAAAAAGUGGUUGUGUGAAGAAUGAAAAAUAGAGACCUGAGAGAGAAGUUGCCUACUUUUCCACCUCCACACACCUGACCAGUCACUGAGUAAAGCCGACUUAAUUGUGGUCUAAUUGUCUUUUUCAGGUAGUUACAGAUUGCGUUGGAUGCAAUGGAUGAUCUGACAAGCACUUUGUUUGAAGCCUCCUGAGACUCAAAGUGUCCACACCAAACUAAAUCUUGCCUUAAGUCCUCAGCUUAACAUCGCGGAGGAGUUUCUCUCAGUUGUCACCUGGGUGCUCAGGAGCUGUAUGUGUUCUCUGUCCUGUAGGACUGUGGUCCAGGCUUUGUGAUGGGUGACACACUGUUUUGUGUCUGAGUCAGUCAGCACCCACAUGGAUUUGUCACCAGAUCCCAGGGGGCCAUGGGGAGAGGAGUGCUAGUGUUAGGUGCCAUCACGCCCUGGGAUCUGAUGGUGAUCGGUUUUUCUGAUCUGGGAACAGGGAAGAACCGGUUUGGGUUCUGCUCCCAAAGCUCCACCUCAAGCAGUGUUUUACCCAUGAUGAAACUUUGACUUUGCCUUCUAACAUUUCUGUGAUUCUGGUUUUGUACACUGCAUCUUGUGUAUGUUGUUCUGUGAAUCUUCUGCUGUCGUGACUGUAACCGUAUGAAUCAAAUAUUUAGAUUGUGUUUUUCGAGGUGAAAAUUGAGAGAAAAGCUUUUUCUUUGUAAAUACUUGAGAGGAAACCAGUGUCACCUUACGCAGUCCAAACUAUGCAACAUCACUGCUCCACAGUCGUGAUUUGGUUUUAUGUUGUGUUAAAAAUAAUCACGAGUUCACUGACUGAUGAUUCUCUUAAUGCCAGUGUCUUAUAGAAAUUUGUCUGUAAAGAAGUCUGCAAAUGAUCUGCCAAAUAUACUGAUGUUCAGUGCCUCCUUUUCAAAGCUCUGCCUCUACUGUCCAAUCAUGUCAACAAAGAUUUUAUACUGUGUUUUAGGUUUUUUUAAAUGAUGCCACACAAGCAGUUUGAUGUCCUUGUAUCAAGUUAUUCAGAUAUAACAUUUCUCUUCCAGUUUUGGCAUUUUCAGAUAAACAAGCUUUCAAUGUACAGUCUAACUUAUGCAGUCUUACCCUUCUACUCUCCAACUAAAUAAAUCCAACUGUUUUUUAAAAAACA